AUGAACCCACUGGCCCUUUUACAGUAUAUACAUGAAAUCCGAGGUUUUCCAUGUACCUGUCCACCCCACCUGUUCUCCUGUGGGAACUGUAUCUGUAUCCCAGAGAGAUGGGCAUGUGAUGGGGACAAUGACUGUCAGAACAAUUUUGAUGAGGCACAUUGUGUCACUGGGACGACGCCCACGUGUCCAGCCAAUCACUCACCUUGCGACAAUGACAGGUGUAUAAGUAACGACUGGAUAUGUGAUGGUGACAAUGACUGCGGGGACAACAGCGAUGAACUCAAGUGUACUAUUUCUACAGGAAGUUGUGAUGAAAAUGAGUUCCGCUGUGACAACGGUCAGUGUGUGCCUACGGGGUGGAGGUGUGACCAUGACAACGACUGUGGUGACAAUUCUGAUGAAAAAUGCUUGACGGAGGUUAUGAUGUGCAGUAGUAAACAAUUUGAGUGUGGGGAUGGCUCGUGUAUUCCACAGUCCUGGCGCUGUGAUAAAGAUCCUGACUGUACUGAUGGAGCUGAUGAAAAGAAAUGCAACAAAGAGAAACUAUUUUGUGGGAAAGAUGAGUUUAAGUGUUUACAUUCCUUCACCUGUAUCCCGAAACGUCUGAAGUGUGACCUCAACAACGACUGUGGAAACUGGGAGGAUGAGGCUGAUUGUGCCCUAUUUUCUGAGUGUAAAGAUGAAGAGUUCCGUUGUAAUGACACGAUGUGUAUCAACAAAGAAUGGAGAUGUGAUGGUGAUAUAGAUUGUGAUGAUCGCUCUGAUGAAGAAAACUGCACCACAGUGUGCGAGACAGAAGAGUUCCGUUGUGAUACAGGGUUAUGUAUACAAAAAAGGUUCCACUGUGAUGGUAACUACGAUUGCCCAGAUAACAGUGACGAACGUGGCUGUGCUAACACGGGGGCUUGUGGGAUUGCACAAUUUCUCUGUAAAAAUAAGCAGUGCAUCGGAAACAAGAAAGUGUGUAACUUCAUUGAUGACUGCGGCGACAACUCUGAUGAGGAAGACUGUGAAUUCCCUGGUGCCUGUAACGUCAACAACGGUGACUGUGAACAGUUCUGUACAAGUACUGUUAAAGGACCACACUGUUCCUGUAAGCUAGGUUAUCAGCUGAAGGAGGACCGCAAAACCUGUGAGGACUUGAAUGAAUGUAGCUGGGAAGGCACUUGUAGCCAGAUCUGUCAAAACCAUCCGGGGUCCUACACCUGUCAGUGUGUGGAGGGGUACAAACUCAAGCCAGACAAACGUGGCUGUAAGGCUAGAGGUGGUAAGGCAUACCUGAUAUUUGCCAACCGAGUAGACAUACGUAAAUUGCUGCCAGACCAGUCCGAGUUUGACUCCAUCUUAGAAGGUCUACCAAAUGCUAUUGCUCUGGACUUCCAUCAUGAAAAAGGACUGGUUUUUUGGUCUGACAUUGCUCUUGACAAGAUCAAACGGGCUUACAUCAAUGGCAGUCAGAUUCGUGAUGUAGUCAAAUAUGGAUUGGAGAGUCCAGGUGGGAUCGCGGUCGACUGGGAACACAAUCUUUUGUUCUGGGCUGACUCAGGAACAUCUACAAUUGAAGUCACAGAUUUGGAAGGAAAGUAUCGCAAGGUUCUCUUCUGGAACCAGAUGGAAAAGCCAAGGGCCAUUGUAGUACAUCCUGGUCAAGGAUCGAUAUUUUGGACAGACUGGGGAAGUGUUCCAAAAAUUGAGCGAGGAAACAUGGACGGAACUGAGCGAAUGGUAUUAGCGAACACAUCACUUUUCUGGCCUAAUGGUCUCACUCUGGACUACGCCACUGACAAGCUCUACUGGGCAGAUGCCAAGCACCAUGUCAUAGAAUGCUCCGAUCUCUACGGCAAGAACAGACGCACUGUUAUAGAUCGAGGACUACCCCACCCAUUCGCCCUGACUUUGUUUGAAGAUGAACUAUACUGGACAGACUGGCAUACCAAAAGUAUAAACAAGGCCAAUAAAUUCACCGGCAAUGAUGUGGAAACCAUCCGCAAUCGUCUCCACUUCCCCAUGGAUAUCCACACCUUCCACCCACAAAGACAACCCAUGUUUGAAAAUCACUGUGGAUUAAACAAUGGAGGAUGUAGUCAUCUGUGUUUGCCAAAUCGUGAGGACUAUUCCUGUUCUUGUCCCACUGGUCAACACCUGUCCAAAGACCGACAUUCUUGUAUACAGGCCAUGGAGAAUUUCCUGGUGUUUUCUACCAGAUCAGACCUGCGACGCAUCAGCAUGGACACACCGGACAAGACUGAUGUGGUCAUCCCAUUGGUCAAUGUUGUCAGUGCAGUAGGAGUGGACUUUGAUGCUUCCCUGGACAUGAUAUACUGGACAGACACGGGAACUGAUACUAUCAGCAGGGCUCAUUGGGAUGGAUCUCAGGAGGAGGUGGUAGUGGGUAACUGCCUGGAGUUCCCCACUGGACUGGCUGUUGAUUGGCUGGGCCGAAAAAUGUACUGGACAGACUCUGAACUAGAUGUCAUUGAAGUGUCAAACCUCAACGGAACCGUUCGAAGUAUCUUGAUUUGGGAACGUCUUGAUCAACCACGUGACAUCAUCGUCGACCCAAACAAAGGGUUCAUGUAUUGGACUGAUUGGGGUAAGAAUGCCAAGAUAGAGAAGGCAGGCAUGGAUGGUAAAGGGCGUCACGCUCUGAUUAGCAGCAACCUGACAUGGCCCAAUGGUCUAGCACUGGAUCAAAGGAGGAACAGAAUCUACUGGACGGAUGCUGGACGUAAAAUGAUUGAAUCGGCUACGACAGAGGGACUGGAACGACAGGUAAUUAUUGCUGUGGACUUGCCACGCCCGUUUGGUCUGGCAUUGCACAACAACCAGAUUUUCUGGACUGACUGGAUUGAUAAGGGUAUCCACAUGGCCAACAAAUUUGACGGAUCCAGUCGCAAGACGCUUCGUAGUAAUCUCGGACAUGUAAUGGACGUUCGUAUGUUCCACAAACCCAAACAGAAAAGACAGACACCAUGCCAGGUAAACAAUGGAGAAUGCAGCCAUCUUUGUUUGAACAAUGCUGAGCCACAGCGAUACAGCUGUGCUUGUCCAACUGGUGUGGUGAUGAAAUCUGAUGGGAAAACUUGUGAGAAUGAUAUGACAAACUUCUUGAUAUUUGCACGUCGCACGGAUAUCAGAAAAAUCUCUCUGGAAGUGGAAUACUUUGCUGAUGUUGUGAUUCCACUUGGAGAAUUAAGAAAUGCUAUAGCAGUAGAUGUAGACUCAGUUCGAGGAAAGCUGUACUGGACAGACACAGUUCUAGACAAGGUAAUGCGGGCUAACCUGGACGGGUCUCAAGUUGAGGAGGUCAUCCGAAACGGACUUGAUACACCAGAUGGAUUGGCUGUAGAUGAAGUAGGGGGGAAAAUAUAUUGGACUGACACUGGCCUCAACAGGAUUGAGGUUGCAGACAUUGAUGGCACCAUGAGAAAAGUUCUGUUUUGGAGAAACAUUGACAAACCAAGGGCAAUUACUCUCCAUUAUGAAGCAGGAUUCCUGUAUUGGACUGAUUGGGGAAAGAACCCGAAGAUAGAAAGAGCUGAUAUGGAUGGUAAAAAUAGAGUGACUGUCGUCAAGGACAGACUGGGCUGGCCAAAUGGACUUGUCAUUGAUAGACCAACAGCAAGGCUAAUCUGGGCUGAUGCCAGGAUGGAGGUGAUAGAGAGUACAGAUCUACAUGGACAGAACAGAAGAGUCCUUGUGUCAAAGAUCAAUCACCCAUAUGGACUGACCGUAGCUGGAAAUCAUCUUUACUGGACAGAUUGGCUUAAGAUGGCCAUAUUCCAGGCAGACAAGGACAGUGGUCAGAAUCAAACAAUACGCCGUAGAAACAUGUCUGGUCUGAUGGACAUUCAUGCUGUCCAGCUCAAGAGGGAUGGCAGCAGUGUGAUAAACAAGUGUGGGAAAAACAACGGUGGUUGCAGCCAUCUAUGCCUUCCCAAUCCCCGGGGAUUCUCGUGUGCUUGUCCCACUGGCCUACUCAUGAUGGAGGAUGAAAAAACAUGUAAUGCAAUGCCGAGCAAGUAUCUGCUAUUUGCAAGUCGUGGAAGUAUUCGUCACAUCUCCCUUGAUACGACAGACAUGACCGAUGUUUAUCUUCCCAUGAAUAACCUUCAUAAUGUCAUAGCAUUGGAUUAUGACAUACAAGACAACAAGAUGUACUACACUGACGUGCUCCUGGACGUCAUCAGGCGUUCUAACCUAGAUGGUACAGAACCAGAGACUAUUGUCUCGCAGAAUUUGGAAACAACUGAUGGGCUGGCAGUUGAUUGGAUUGGUCGCAAUCUUUUCUGGACAGAUACAGGUCGGGAUGUUAUUGAAGUGGCUUGGCUGGAUGGUUCCUACAGAAAAAGACUGAUUUACAAAAACCUUGAUGAACCUCGUGCUAUUGCACUUUUUCCCAGUAAAGGAUUGAUCUACUGGACAGACUGGGGAGCAGAACCAAAGAUAGAAAAGGCUUUCAUGGAUGGCACCAAUCGCUCCGUCAUUAUAAGAACCAGUUUAGGCUUCCCUAAUGGUUUGUCUAUAGAUUAUUCUGCAAAUAGACUAUACUGGGUGGAUGCUAAACUUGACAAAAUCGAGACUUCUGACCUGGCAGGAGGAAAUCGAGUGACCCUAAUACAACACAUCUCCCAUCCUUUUGGCCUGGUUGUGUAUGGUGAUCACAUUUACUGGACCGACUGGCAAACAGAGCUGAUAGAAAAGGCAAGCAAACACACAGGCAAGAAUCGAGAGGUCAUACAACAAAGUCUGGAGGGACUCAUGGACAUAGAGGUGGUGGCAGACGAUAGACAAACAGGAGAGAAUGGUUGCUCCAACAACAAUGGUGGUUGUACACACCUGUGUCUGGCCAAUCCCUAUGGAUACACAUGUGCUUGCCCUGACAAGCAAGAUAGCAUCGCAUGUCUUGUGUAUCCUGUGAGCAUUAACAUGAUACCAGAUACAGAUCCUCACCUUACUAGACAGCCUGUAAAACCUUGUUCUGACAAGGAUGCCACACUGGGACUAUGCGAGCAGACACCUGUAGUAGAGUCAACAAAUCCAGCAACUAGUCAGUGGAAGAUGGUGGUGUUGGGUGUGGUCGUUGUCCUGCUGGUAGUAGUGAUCUUUGUGGUGGCCUGCCAGGUCUACAAAAGGCGUAGAAGACAAGCUUACAAUGUGGAUAAUGGGGAAUUUUUGGCUCUCAAUUUUGCCAAUCCUACAUAUCAAAAAACGAGCACGGAGACUAUCAACUCUGUGUCAUCUACUUCCUCAAAGUUGUGGAGAAUUUUUCGUUUUAAUAAACAUCGUGAUCAAGUUCAAUUUUUGGAGUCAUCACAAGAAAAUGGACUCAAUAAUUCUGAGACCUGUAUUUUAGUUCGACAUAGAGAGGGUGGUGGUCAUGUAUCACAGCCUAUGGCUAUGACAGUAAACAGAAGUUUAUUUAAAGCAAAAUCUUCCAAUCAUUGUAAAGAACAAAAAGCAAAUGUUCCAUACCGACCAGUCGACACGUGA